AUGUCUCUCCGUGUUGCACCCCCAUCUGGUUACUCCAACAACGUCACCAACACUACAACCCGUCACACUCGUCCCUCAAAGGGUGCCCCCUCAGCGCCUGGUCUUCCCGACACCCUCCGUAACAAGAUUACUCUCCCCGCUACCGCUCAUGCCUCCUCUACCAACCACCCCACCGCCAGUGAGAUCCCCUCUUCCACACACCCGCUCGAAGCCCGCCUGCUCGCCUGGCGCGCAACCCAAGAUGCAAUGAAGAUGGAGUCCCUUCGCCGGGCAUAUGGCAUUGCUGAGCCCGUCCGCCGGGGAAUGGAACUGAAGAUUGUCCGUGAUGGAUCCUUCCGACCUGCUGUGCUUGGAGGUAUGAAGGGUGGCAAUAUCCACGAGGAUAUCUUGUCAAUUGGAGGUCGGGAUACGGAAGUUGCUUGGGAGGAUAUCUUCCAUGGUGACGAGUUCCGAGAGCCACCUACUUUCCACGAUGAGAUGGAGAAGCGACUGAAGAUGGAAUUCCACUAA